AUGUUCAAGCGCUCGUUUCGAAACCGCGACGCCAGCACCUCCCAACGGGAGGCUGCCUCGACGGCGAUGGAUUCGCAACACCGGGUGGACAAGUCUGCGAGACUGACGAGGAAGGGUGCCACACGGGAUGCCCAGAAAGUAUCGAAACUAAAACGGUCGCUUAAAGGCGAGGACACCUCGCGCAUGCAGUCAGAGCAGGCGAGGCCAGCCGACAAGUCCCUUGCCCCCUCGCCCAUCGUCACCCUCGUGGUGGGCAGGGAGGUGCGGCUGUUUGCAGCGCACGAAGACGUGCUGCGCCAGGCACCUUUUUUCGACAAGGUCCUGCGCAGCAACUACGUCGAUGCGCAGAAUAGGAAAAUCUCGCUCCCGGACGAGGAGCCGGAGGUCUUUAGCGCAAUUCUCGAGUACCUCUACAAAGGCGACUACUACCCGCGUCUGCAACACAACAAGCAGCGCAACUCUUGGGAACUCGAGGAUUCGCUCCCCCGUCGGGCCACACCGCAAACCUCCCCGACGAUUCACGAAUCACCAAAAAUCGGAGGUGGUCGCGCAGGGCAAACACCCCAGACCCCUUCGGCUGUCGAGGCGACCGUGUACCUCUCGAGUGUCGGCCAGCACCUGCUCCGCGACACGGUAAUCUACUGUGCCGCGGAGCGCUAUGGGCUGGAGGAGCUCAAGAAGCUGGCGCUGCGGAAGCAAGGAUUGCAGUCGGGCAUCGACGUCGGCACAAUCCUCCGCAGCGCGCAAUACUGCUACGCCAACACCCCCGACUCGGAUAGCCGCCUGCGCGCUCAUUACCUGGCGCUCAUCAUCCGGUGCCGCAAGACCUUCAAGCGUAGCGGCACCAUGCAGGCCGAGAUGGAGAAGUCCGGCAGCGACGUGUACGGCGAAGGCAGCGGGAAGCUCUUCUUCGACCUGUUCGUUGCCAUGUGCAACCACCUCGACGACGUCAUCGACGCGAGCAACGUGCGGACGCCGAAGACCAUCUGA